GACGGACUUGACGAUCGCGCAGACGACGUAGCAAAGAAUUUUGCAAGAGGUAACUUAUUAUUAGAAGGACAAGUCUCGCUAACUUUUCGUCUCUGUUGGAUUAGUGAGGUUUUAGCGCAUUUCCUCAGAAGCGCGGCGACAAGCCUAAUCAGCCGUGGCUAAAUCGAGGCGUUUAUUCAUACGGAGGCGCGUGGAAAAUAUGUCCUUUGCAAACACUAGUAAUUUACCUGCUGGUCGGACACUGCUCCGUAUUGAGUCUCUAUCUACUAUGCGUAAUAGAGGCUUGAGCCCCUAAACAUUGAAGGUUCGGGCGGAGCAAUUUGACUCCGGUACUGCUGUUUCAAUAUAAAUUUCUAGCGUGUAUGCAAGGACUUAUUCUCCACGCCUCGGUACGCUGCGUACCCAGCCAGCCUGAUGUUUCAGAGGAGAGGAAGAAAUAAUAAACAGAAAAAUAAAAAAGGUGUUUUGUUGCUGGCAUGAGAUUGAUUUUCUAAUACGGAGUACUGUUUCCCAGAGCUAUUAUUAUUAUUAGUUGCCACAGAAUGGGCUUCCCGGCCCUGUUCAGGAUUGCCCAUCGGGCAUUCUUUUUGGAUGGGAUUGUUGGUUGUCGGCACAGGAGCGGCGUCCGCUUGACGGGUUGAGCGAUCGUUGGCAAAUUUAGUUCAACCCGCUGAGAUGUUGACCUGUCUGGGAGCCCUCAACUUUCAAGGCAUCAUGAAUUUUGGGCGGGGGAUGAGAUGAGAAUUCAAGUCUGAACUGGACAGCUAUUCUCGAAGUAACGAAAUAACUUCCAACCUGUACUCCGUAUAUUCUGGCUUCAACCGCCCAGAGUUUGCAGACCCAAACUUGAUCACUCCUUGACUUCUUCUCUCGCCCCUUUUGGUUUGGCGUUUCCUGAGUGUUCGGCGUGUCCAGCCAGGGCUGCGAGCGGGGGCUGGUUGGGCUAAUGGUUGGCCGGUUUCAGCACUUGGAGCCUGGUGGCACUGAGGGGCGAGCGGUGAUUGGGCUGUGGCUUGAAGUAAUUCGGGCUGGGUCUGGCCUGGCUUGAACCGGUUCGAAACGUGGCGCCCACGAGGUAGUUUGCCCACACGCGAGACCAUGCGAGCUCGCUGCAGGUUUGAUUGGGACUGGGGAGGCGAGGUUUUUUUUGGUUCUGGUGAAGCCAAAGACGCCGCAUGGCCUUCCCCGCGAUGCAUUUUCAAGCGAGGCCAAAGUAUUAUUGGCGAGGCGAGGGAGAAUGAGAAAUUGAGAAUAGAGAGAUGAGGCUGAUACGGGUGGAAACAGAAAACAGUACGGACGAGAAGCGGAGAAAUUCAUAAAAAUACGAUAUCAUACACACCGGUACAAUACCAUGCAACCGAUACAUAACGCAUUGCAGGAUAUUUUGGCGUUUCAAAAGGCAAAAAAAGGAAAAGAAAAGAAAAAGAAAAGACACAUGAACAUGCAAGCAUCUAUUAUUAUUAUUAUUAAUAUUGUGUUCUUCGUAUAUUUUCUUUUUCCAGCUCAAUCGAUAACAGACAGACAGACAGACAGAGAGAAAGAGAAAGAAACAACAACAACAACAACAAAAAAAAAAAAAAAAAAGAAUCAUCAAAGGGCAUUAAGCAGAGCUCUGCUAUAUUUGCUAUAUUACUUCUGGGCUCGUGGUUGCUGUAUCAUCAUAGCGACGUUUUUACUAGCGAGCAUCCAGCAAGCGUGUGUCUUCACCACGAUCAUCCACGCCAGCAAAUAAGUCUCCUUAUUUCUCCUCCAGCUCAAGAACAACAACACCAACACCAACGUUAUUCUUCUCAGCCAACAUCUUGUCCCCUUUUCUUUUCUCGUUGUGUAUCCAACUUCUUCUCUCGACUGCCAGAGAUACUUGUGCUAGCUUGUGUUCUAUAAUUUAUAUCAACUGAUUUACCUUCAUCCCCUUAACCCUUCUCCCCUUCUCCCCUUCUCCCCCCCCCUUCUCCCCCCCCCCUUCUUUUCCCACCCAUUUUCCACCUUCACCCCCCCCCCCCCCCCCCAAGAGGAAUGCAAUUUGUCUUCUCAGUCCUAGGCAAAUUGUUCCCGAUUCGAUCCAGGAAACUGGGAUAUCCAACUGUCCGGGGGAAACAAGAGCUGCUGCUGGCGAAGGUCUCUCUACGCUGUAUUCACUAGCUCUCUGACUUCUCUCUAUCUCUCUCUGGGCUCCUCCUCUCCACGCCUUUUUCCACCAGUUUUAGUUUAGUCAAUCGAGAUCUGGUAGUCCAAAGAACCUUGCGAAUCUAACAGGGACGGCGCCUUGGCUUCUUUUCCCCGUGUCUUCAUCCUUCCGUGGUCGCAGGUUCAAUUUUUCGCGUUCACCACCUCCUCGUUCUCCGCUCUCCUCCAGCCUUCCCUACACACUUCAUCGGAGAAAGCACACCCGCUGAAAUACCCGCCACUCGACAAACUAGACCAAUCGUCUGCGUCUGCGCUCGCAAAAUCCGUCUGACCCGUUCAAGUCUCGGGAUUUCGUUUAUUGCUGGUGAUGCAGGCAGGGUCAACAGUAGGCUGGAAUUGGGAUAUUAGUAACUAAGCUCUUUUCCGGAUCGCAAUGGGCAAUUCCCAGGGGAAGCAGGUGUGCUAUUCAGAUGCAGUCAACUUAAACCACUUCCGUUUGCUGCGUGUCGUUGGAAAGGGUGCGUUUGGUAAAGUACGGAUCGUUGAACGCAAGGAUAGUGGUUUAACAUUCGCUCUAAAAUACAUCCGGAAAGAUGAAGUUGUCCGGUCCGAAAGCGUUCGAAAUAUCAUACGAGAAAGGCGAAUGCUGGAGCAUUUGAACCACCCGUUCCUGUGCAACUUGAGAUAUUCCUUCCAGGACAUCGAGUACAUAUACAUUGUGGUAGACUUAAUGAAUGGAGGGGACCUUCGAUUCCAUAUAUCAAGAAAAACUUUCACGGAAGACGCUGUGCGAUUUUGGGUUGCUGAGUUGGCAUGCGCCCUGAGGUAUAUACAUUCACAAGGCAUAAUCCACCGUGAUCUAAAGCCGGAUAACGUUCUGUUGGAUUCCGAGGGACAUGUUCACUUGGCAGACUUUAAUGUUGCUUCAGACUUUAAACCAUCAAAACCACUUACAAGCAAAUCGGGCACGUUAGCAUACCUGGCGCCUGAGGUUUUCGAGGGGGGAGGAUAUCUGAACGAAGUCGACUGGUGGUCCCUGGGCGUCACCUUUUACGAGUGCAUUUAUAACAAGCGCCCAUUCGAGGGACGGAGCCACGACACUCUAUCGGAAAACAUUCGACGAGCGCAACCAAAAUACUACGUUACGAAUCCUGCAGUCACGGUGCCCUGUCUACGCGCGAUCGCAUCUCUUCUAGAAAAAGACCGGUCAAAACGAAUAGGCGCGACCGGCUUUGAAACAUUUGAGGAUCAUCCUUUCUUUGAAGAUAUUGAUUUUGGGGCCUUGGAACGGAAAGAGAUUCUCCCCAUCUUCGUACCAUCCAGCGAAAAGACGAAUUUUGAUGCGACAUACGACCUCGAAGAAUUACUCCUAGAAGAGGCGCCAUUGGAAGCACGAGCCCGUCGACAAAAGCCAAGAGCAGAAUUGAAAGACGAUGCUACGGCGAAAGAAAUACGAGAAGACGAACUUCAUCGGGUUAUCGAGACCAUGUUUGAGCCGUUCGACUACACAACGGUCUCUUAUCAAGGUACCGCUGCAGCUGCAAUCGCGGCCUCUAGUAACCCCGAGGACUGCCUCCACACCGCUGCCAGCCAAUCACACGCACGAAACCCCUCCCAGCCCCGCUCAGUAAGUGGUUCACCUUCACUCCAUACAGAAAGGUCUCUUAGUCGAUCAAACGCUUCCGACACGCUUCGUUCCUUUCCCGAAUCCGAUCGUUAUCCAUACGAACCAAAUAGGCAUCAGAGUGGAGCAAGAUCUGGUUCUCCUCCAAGACGCUCGCGGCCUGUGCCCACAUCACCAGUACAUUCCCAACCGUACCGUCCACCACCACCCCCGGGCCCUCAACUCCCCCGCGGUGCGACCCGUAAUAUGAGCAAAGGAGGUGGCGUACAAAUGGUGCUAGAAGAGACAGGAAGCUGGAGUAAUCUUGCGGAUCACAGCUCGUCUCUAGCGGACGGAUAUGAGGGUGGAGAAAACAAUAAGGCCCGGGCCGCUUCCGGAUCCAAUAGUGGGAUGCUUUCGUUUCUCACCCGCAAGAAGGGCCGCGAACGCAGCCCCAAACCGAUGGAGCCUGGUGUGCUUGGUAAGGAGGGUGCGAGACAGAUUAUUAGUAGUUGACGGUUAACGAGGGGAUCAUGAUGGAAAUCUCAAAAUAGCACGAUAUGAAUGGGAUUGAGGCUUUGGGUGGAAAAUGGAGUUGGGAGGUUUGAGCUGUGAUUUUUUACAAACAGGGCUGUUUGCCUUGGGAUGUCCCAUUGGGAGUUGCUGUCGAAAUGCUGCACGGUUCGUGUUUGUUUCAACUUGUACCACGUUCUUAUGGUGAUACGCUUUGGCGAUGAGAAUGGGAAUAUGAUGACACUUUGGGUGUUCAACAAGUUCAACCACCGAAGCAUUGGAUCCAAAACUCGCCGUUCAACAUUCUGGUCUGAAAGGGAACCCUGCUAUCAUACUAACCUAAGAAUGACGGCAUUCUGAUGAGGUGGAGAGGACUGCCUGUCAUCUCCCACUAUGCGUUGAAUUGCUGCGAACUGCAAGUUAUCCAUUACGAGACGGUUGAAUAUUAGCCUAAUGGGCAACCAAGCGCUGCCUAUUUGACAUCGAACACACACUUCCAUUCGUGAUUUUGGCAACCUAGAACACCCAACGCAGUGCCGCUGAAUAGUGUUUCGCCAAUGACUGCGAAAGCCCUUCAUUCUGGACCGUUGCCGAGGACGUUAUAACGCUGGGUCGCCUGAACCGAAAGGAACAUUGGAAAAGAACCAAUGCAAAUCACUUGGCAAUAGAGCAGUUCCCUGAAUGAAUUCAGGGCAGGGUAUGGCAAUCACAACCAGCUCACAUUCGUUCCCGCACAUGGGGUGCGAAGGGAACCCCCUUUCUCGCCGCUCAAGAGCCCCCCAUCUGUUGGCAUGUCUUUUUUAUAAAUGCAUUCGCAGGCCGGCUAUUUAAUUUUUCUGCUUCCUUUUCCCCUUUUUAGGCAUGUGUCAUAUUUUCCUUUUAAUUUUCCUUUCCUUUCUUUCUUUUUUUUUCUUUCUUUCUUUUUUUUUUUCCCCCUACUAUUCUCUGAUGACUUUUGGCUUUUUGUGCUCUUUCCAUUUUCCAUUACUAAUACCGUUUUCUAUUUUUCAUCACUCACAACUGAUUUAUUCAUGGAUGGCUUGUCGGUUUUGGAGGUUUUCUUCUCUGGGUUUCCCUUAUCUUUUAACAUAACCUGCAUUACAUACCCCAUUUCUGUUGCCCGUCGUAUAUUUGAUUAAUUUUGAUUUUUAAUGCUGAUUUUUGAAUAUGAUCUCCUAUCUUAAAACCUCUGUUCUUCAAUUGUGCUUCCCAACAUUUUCCUCUCUUUUCUGCCGAGGAUUAACAUCUUGUUUCAAGUAAACCAGUGAAUUUAUCAUCUUAUUCCCCUCCCCCUUUUUCCCUGCACUCGAACACUAUUUUCUUGGUCCUACGCUCAAGCUCGCGUGGCUAAACGCAGUCUUCAACACUAUACUCUGUAUAGUCCUUUCUUUCCCCAUUUAACCCAUGCCCUCAAAUAGAAAGCUACAUUAGCUAGGAAGAUUUCGUCGAUUUGAUACGCCCUCACGGCGAUAUACUAUUAUUCUACUGUGCGAGCCAACUUAUAUUGUACUUGUACGAUAGAAGAGGAUUUAGGAUACCAUCAUCAUAUAGCAGUUUAUGCAACACAUAUCUAUUAUUCUGUUCCUGACCCACGGGUGGCUUGUUUUUGGUUCUGUGGAAUGUAUAUUUUAUGCUCCGUUGCUACGGCAACCAUGCUCCGGCCGCCAAUCAAGGUAAAGAUGAUGAUGUUACUACGCGAGUGUCUCCUGUCACAGGUUUAGAGUUACAAAAUUUAGAUUUAUUCA